GGCUCCCGCUUUCAGCCCUGCCCACCUCACCCCCCUCCGCAGGCGGCGCAGGCACCGGGCGAGCCGUUUGGCCCCUGGAGUUACAGAAGCUGCGGCCGCCGGAGCCUGCUGCACAGCGAGCAAGCGAGCGAGAGAAGUUGCCCUGGAAGAUAUUCCUCAGGGAUCAGGAAUGUCUUCUGAGCCCACAUCUUCAGCUUCUGAGCAGUCCCCCACUUCUCCAGGGUCUCCACGUUCUCUCCGCCUGCCUGAAAACCGCAGAACAAGAGAUCGUUCUCCAUCUCCCAUGCGAGGUUACCUUAUCCCAAGCCCCCUUCCAACUCGUCGGACCAGGACGUUUUCAGCGACCGUGCGGGCCUCUGAAGGCCCUGUCUAUAAAGGAGUCUGUAAAUGCUUCUGUCGCUCCAAAGGCCAUGGCUUCAUUACUCCUGCAGAUGGAGGGCCAGACAUCUUUGUACACAUUUCUGAUAUUGAAGGAGAAUAUGUUCUGGUGGCUGGCGAUGAAGUCACCUACAAGAUGUGCUCUAUUCCACCUAAGAAUGAGAAGCUGCAAGCUGUAGACGUGGUCAUUACCCAUCUAGCACCUGGAACAAAACACGAGACCUGGUCAGGGCAUGUUAUUAGUUCCUAAGUUAUCCCGCAUGAAGCUGUAUCAUCGAAGACACUCAACAACUGACUUUCACGUGAGACUGACAAAUGAAUAUUUUGCAUAUUGAGUGGGAAAACUGUUAAUAAGGUAGGAGUUGGCCAAAUUACCAUUUUUACAAUAGGCACGAUACUUAAAAACAACAUACAAACUCUAAGGGAAAAAAAUAGCUUAAGGAAAUUUCCAUGCCGGGUGUGUCUGCUUUUGUGAUCUGUGACUUGAGUGAUAGUGGAUGCCCAAAGGUGUUAGGAACUCUAACUAAAACAGAUUGGAGUGAUAAGAUUUUCUAUCAAAAUGGCGGCACCGAGGGACAUGCUUAGAGACCCAGUAUCUACCUGUAACAUAUUGUUCCCUUUGGCUAAAUUUCUGUAAAUGUGGUGAAUGCUCAGGCAGCAGAAUGUCAGCAGAAUACUGCUAAAAAGUCUCAGAGUAAAUGUACUUGUGAGAGAGAGAGAAAGAGAGAGAGAGAGAGACAUUCGUUGCUGCAAUUUCUUUUCUUCACAAGCUAAAUAACAAGCACAUUGUACAGUCUUAAUCUGACAGCUCUCAGUUUUGACAGCACCUUCUGGUUAACUGUCAGGUGGAACAGUUGCAAAUUAGCUAGCUGCAGGAGUGUGGAAUUGUUAGCUUUAUUAAAUGUGGGUUGUUUGUGCAUUUACGUUGUGUGCCUUGAUGGGUGAUUAGCAACAGAUUUACAGACCAGUAGUUACAAAAGUAGGUUGCUUCGCACUAAGCAGUAGAAAAGCAACAGAGGUGGGAGUGGUUCACAGCCUCUGAUAGUGCCUGAAUUUAAUUAAAUCUUUAAACUGCCUUGAUUUUUUUCAUAUAUACAUGAUUGCGAGAGUAGUUAGUGUCUACCAUGGCUUGUUAGCAUUUACAGAGUCACGGCAGCUGCGAAAAAGCGAACUCUGCCAUGUUCAGAUCACUGUAUAUAAAACGCUGUGUGAAUUAUUUAGUAGCUUGAGUGAGAAAGCCUUGUAGUGGAUUCUGCGUCCUGCUUUCCUGCCAAGCCUGCUCAGUGCUGUGUAGUGCUGCGGCCACCACCUAGAAUCUCUUCUCCGCUUCUGUUCCCGCAGGCUUUCGCGCAGACAAACCAUUGUAACUGUUCAUUUCUGCAUCGGCUCUGCUACUGCUUGUCCUCCGUAAAUUUUCCAAAUGAAGCAUUGUCCCCCCACAGAGUGAGCAGAAAUUAAACCGGUUGAAAUGAAACUCUCUUCUCUUAGUUACGUGGCAUUUGCCUGUUCACUAUAGUAACAAUCAGGACUUGUGCUGUUGUGGAAUGCAUGAAGAUGCUAUUUCACAGAGAAAAGUGAAAUGGCCCAAGCCAUUUCAACCUACAGUGAUUUAAAAGAAAAGAAAUGUGAAGGUUAAUAAUUACUGUGAUAUUUCGUUUCACUUUUAAUUCAUCUAUAUUGUACUGCUUAGUUUGUAAGCUACUUUGAGUUUUAAACCUGUAUUUGUUGUGGGUUUAAUAUGCUGUAGAUUGUAGAUUAGCAUACACUGCUUCCUUCACAAUAAAAGUUUAUUUCAUAA